UUUUUUUGAACUUCUAACAUUUCAUUAUCAAUCUUAUUAUUGUUAGCUUAACAUUUAGAUUUGGGAUAAAUGUAUUUGUAUUAGAUCAUGCGAUUUUUGCUAAAUUUGGAUAUUCAAGAUUUCAUUUUUUUUUGAAGUAGUUUAGAAAUAUAUGUACAACUUUAUUUAAGAAAAAAAGUAAGCUGAAUGGAAUCUGAUGGUAUGGCUGCCGGUGGAGGAAUGUAUUCAAAUAUGGGUUCAGGAAUGCUAGGGCUGGAAAUAUCACUGCACCACCAAUUACCCCAAGGGCAAACCACACAGAACCCACACCACAUGCAGCCACAACCACCACAACAACAGCUUCAACCACCACCACCGCCAUCACACCACCCAAUGGUUGUCUUUGGCCAUCACGAGGCCGACCAGCACCACCACCCCCAACACGCUCAGCUUUCUUCAAAACAAGCCUACCCUUUUUCUGCUAAGGCCAAGAACCAAGCUUUAGCACCCAGUGAUGAUGAUGAGCCUGGGCUUGGCACUGAAAACAGUGCUGAUACUGAUGGGAUGAGAAAAAUAUCUCCUUGGCAGAGAAUGAAGUGGACUGAUAAUAUGGUGAGGUUGUUGAUAAUGGUGGUAUUUUACAUCGGUGAUGAGGUUGGCUCUGAAGGAAAUGAUCCUGCUGGGAAAAAGAAGGGGGCCGGUGGUGUUCUGCAGAAGAAGGGAAAGUGGAAAUCAGUGUCAAGGGCGAUGAUGGAGAGAGGGUUCUUUGUGUCUCCACAGCAGUGUGAGGAUAAGUUCAAUGAUUUGAAUAAGAGGUACAAGAGGGUAAAUGAUAUUCUUGGAAAGGGGACUGCUUGCAGAGUUGUGGAGAAUCAGAGUUUGCUUGAUACGAUGGACCAUUUGUCGGCCAAAAUGAAGGAAGAAGUGAAGAAAUUGUUGAGCUCUAAGCACUUGUUCUUCAGAGAAAUGUGUGCUUAUCAUAAUAGUUGUGGUCACGGUGGUACUGGCGGUGCUAGCAGCAGUGGAGCUGCUCAGCAGUCGACGGAGGUCGGAGGAGUAGAGCCAUCAUCACAGAUGCAGCAGCAGCAAAGGUGUUUGCAUACAUCAGAAAAUGCCUCUACUCCACCUAAUCUAGCCAGGUGUGAGGUGGAGGGAUCGAAAACGACUAAAGGGCGGAGUUUUGAAGAAGAUAAUGACGAGGAUGACGACGACGAUGACGAGUAUGAGGAUGAUGUAGUUGAAGGUGGAGCAAGCGGUUAUGAACACGGCCACCCCGAGGAAGAUGAUGACACCCCUGAUGAAAGAUGCUCGAGGAAGAGGCAGCGAAAAGGCAUUUUUCUUCCCCCCUUGGUUCAGCAAAUGAGCACUGAAUUAAUGAAAGUGCUGCAAGAUGAAAGCAAGAAUUCGGCAGAGAAAAGGCAGUGGAUAAAAAAUCGGCUGUUGCAAUUGGAGGAGAGGCAUGUAGGAUUCCAAAGCGAAGCCUUUGAGCUUGAGAAGCAGAGAUUAAAAUGGGUGAAAUUCAGUAGCAAGAAGGAAAGGGAAAUGGAAAGGGACAAGCUUAGCAAUGACAGAUUAAGGUUAGAGAAUGAAAGAAUGAUGCUUCUAAUUCGACAGAAGGAGCUUGAGUUGCUUGAUGUUUACCAACAGCAGCAGCAGCAGCAUCAAUCGUCAAGGAAGAGCGACCCUUCAUCCAUUACAGGAUGAAUUGUACAGUAGGUUAGACGAAACUGGGACAGAGUAGGUGGAAACCACCAAUGGUGGUUGUAGACAUAUUCCAAAAUUUCUUUUUAAAGAUUUAGAAAGUCAUAUAGUCUUCUUGUAGUAAUAGGAACUGAGAAGUAGUUAAACAUUUGGAAGAAUUCUCCAAAAAUAAUC